AUGAACUGGACCUUCCUGCAAAGCCUCCUGAGCGGCGUGAACAAGUACUCCACGGCGCUGGGCCGCAUCUGGCUGUCGGUGGUCUUCAUCUUCCGCGUGCUGGUGUACGUGGUGGCCGCCGAGGAGGUGUGGGACGAUGAGCAGAAGGACUUCAUCUGCAACACCAAGCAGCCCGGCUGCCCCAACGUCUGCUACGAUGAGUUCUUCCCCGUGUCCCACGUGCGCCUCUGGGCCCUGCAGCUCAUCCUGGUCACCUGUCCCUCGCUGCUCGUCGUCAUGCACGUGGCCUACCGCGAGGAGCGCGAGCGGAGGCACCGCCUGAGACACGGGCCCGGGGCGGCGCCGCUGUACAGCAACCUGAGCAAGAAGCGCGGCGGGCUGUGGUGGACCUACCUGCUGAGCCUCAUCUUCAAGGCCGCCGUGGACGCGGGCUUCCUGUACAUCUUCCACCGCCUCUACCAGGAUUAUGACAUGCCGCGCGUGGUGGCCUGCUCGGUGGAUCCCUGCCCCCACACCGUGGACUGCUACAUCUCCCGGCCCACGGAGAAGAAGGUCUUCACCUACUUCAUGGUGGCCACCGCGGCCAUCUGCAUCCUGCUCAACCUCAGUGAGGUCACCUACCUGGUGAGCAAGAGGUGCAUGGAGAUCCUCGGCCCCCGGCGCCGGAAGUCUGGUCGCCGAAGUCGUCUACCCGACACGUGCCCACCGUAUGUGGUCUCCCAGGGAGGGCACCCCCAAGAUGGGAACUCUGUCCUAAUAAAGGCAGGGUUCACCCCAAUAGAUGCAGGUGGGUAUCCAUAA